AUGGAGGGAUUUCCUCAUAUCGCCUUUAUUUCCCGGAUUGGUUUACUCAGGAUUCUUGGCCUUUGCCUGGGAGAACAGUUCAGGAGACAGAUGGCCCCAAGACUACCAAGAGCCCAGAUCCAGGGAUCACUGACAUUUGGGGAUGUGGCUGUGGCCUUUACCCAGAUUGAAUGGAGACACCUGGAUUCUACUCAGAGGGCCAUGCACAGAGAUGUGAUGCUGGAAAUCUAUGGGAAUCUGGUGUCCGUGGGGCUUCUCUCUUCCAAACCCAAACUAAUCACCCAGUUGGAGCAGGGGGCAGAGCUGUGGGAAGUACAGGAAGUCCCAUCAGGUACUUGUGUAGUCCAGGAGUACUGGUUUGAAACAGAGUUGUUGGCCCUAAAACAAAAUGUUUCUGAUGGAUCUGAUCAGGAGGAGUGAAUAAAAAGUGUCAUGAUGGAAAGAGGCCUGGAUUGGGAGGACAGAAGUUCCACAGAGAAGAUGCACUAUAAAUGUGAGGAAUGUGGGAAAGUCUUCAAAUAUAAUUCCUCCUUUAUUAGCCACCAGAGAAAUCAUACUGGUGAGAAACCCCAUAAAUAUAAAGAAUGUGGGAUAGCUUUUAUGAGCAGCUCAUCCCUUUUAAAUCAUCAUAAAAUUCACCUAGGCAAGCAACUUUAUAGCUGUAUUGAAUGUGGGAAAUUCCUCAAGAAGCAUUCAAAGUUUGUUAAUCAUCAGAAAAUACAUUCUAGAGAGAAAUUCCAUAAAUGCAAUGAAUGUGGGAAAGCUUUCAGAAAGAACUCUAUCCUUUUAAGUCAUCAGAGAAUUCAUACUGGUCAGAAACCCUACAAAUGUAAUAACUGUGGGAAAGGCUUUGCUCAGAAUGCAGCCCUUACUCGUCAUGAGUGAAUACAUAGUGGAGAGAAACCUUUUAAAUGUAAAGAAUGUGAAGCUUUCAGGGAUAACUCAACUGUGUUGGAACAUCAGAAAAUCCAUACUGAUGAGAAACCAUAUCAGUGUAAUGAAUGUGGAAAAGCCUUUAGGAAGCUCUCAACUCUUAUUAGUCAUCAAAGAAUGCAUACAGGAGAGAAACCCUAUCAUAGUAAAUGUGGAAAAUCUUUCAAGUAUAGCUCAUCCUUUGCCAGACAUCAGAAAACUCAUAGUGGAAAUAAACCCUAUCAAUGUAAUGACUGUGGGAAAGCCUUUGUGAAGAGCUCAACCCUUAUUGGACAUCAGAGAAUUCCUACUGGAGAAAAACCCUGUCAUUGUAAGAAAUGUGGGAAAUCCUUCAAACAUAGCUGUGGCCUUGUUGAACAUCAGAGAAUCGAUACUGGAGAAAAACUUUAUGAAUGUAAUGAAUGUGGGAAAGCUUUUCCCUGGAGUUCAGCCCUUAAACAACAUAAGAAAAUUCAUAACAAAGAAAGAGCAAUCAAAUGUAGUUAG